UGAAGUUCGUCAGUGUGACAGGUUAGAGUCUGUUUCUGUGAAUCCGUCUGGUGGCGGUGUCAUACUGCGGCCAGCUUGACCCGAGGCCGUUAGUUUGGCCAUAAUUAAUGUAUGUGCAUAUUUUUGAAAUGUCAGUUUUAUGCUCAUAGAAUGACAGACAGGGUAAUGGACACGAUUCAAAAAAGGACAGAGUGAAGCUACAGUGAACGUCUCUGACUGAAUUUGCUAGUAAACGCAUCAGCAGCAGCGCACGUGGGGCAGAUGCUGCUAGAGUCACCGACAGUGUCUGAAGCAGACUUCGUCGCGAGUUUGUGCGUCGUUACAGAAACACAGGAAGAAGUGUAAAAAACGGAUGUAUGACAAUGACCCAUGUUGCGAACGCGACCAGCCGCGGGUUGUUUUAUCUCCUCGUGUUUCACUUAACAUUUUAGCGACACAUGAGAACAGGCUAGCUCGCUGCUGCUCUGUUUGGAGUAUUCGGUGCGCUGUUGGAGCACAAGUGUGAAUUUAUCUUCAGCGAGUGGAUACGCGCCUGAGACAACAUGGGGACUCAGGGCACAGGACGGAAAAGAUCUACCAAGAAGGAGAGGUCGACGGCAGAGGACGAUGCCCUAAAUCUCAUAGCGAGAGAGGCCGAGGCCAGGCUGGCAGCGAAGAGGGCAGCCAGGGCAGAGGCCAGAGAGAUCCGCAUGAAGGAGCUGGAGAGACAACAGAAGGAGAUCUUUCAGGUGCAGAAGAAAUAUUACGGCUUGAACACCAAAUUAGAUGACCCAGUGGACAGCAAAUGGGGAGAUAUUGAGCAAUGGAUGGAGGACAGUGAGAGAUACUCACGUUCUUCACGGAUACAAACGCUCUCAGACGAUGAUGAGCGGAUGUAUUUUUGUACCUCAAGCGGCAGUUAUCUUCCUCAUCCAUCUGUCUCGUUGAUCUUUGACAUCUCUCUCCUCCUUCACCUCCUCUCUUCUCCAUCUUCACCCCUCCCCUCCCUCGUCCAGGAGGACAGUGAGAGAUACUCACGUUCUUCACGGAUACAAACGCUCUCAGACGAUGAUGAGCGGAUGUCAGUGGGAAGCCGGGGCAGUGUCAGGGACUCCCCAUCACACUCACACAAGAAGUCAAAGAAAAAGAAGAAGCAUAAGCACAAAGACAGAGAUAGGAACGGCUGUGAUGAUGAUUACAGUGUAAUAUCCAGCAGGAGCUCAAGACUCAGUGAUGAAAGCAGAGUGUCUCGCUCCUCCAGACUAGACCUAACGAGCUCCAGACUAAGUGAUGACAACCGGGUGUCUCGUGCCUCCAGAUUAGACUUGCAGCCGGUCUCUUAUGCUUCCUCUGACUUGUACAGCUUCAAUGGUCUGUCCUCCUCCAGAAACCCAGGUUCAGCUUUCAAUGGUUACCAGAGCUCCUUAUAUGAAGACGGUCUCAGUAUUGGGCCACGGCGAGUCGCUGGCUCACAUCCUUUAGAGUACACUAGUUAUCGCAGCUCCAACUCCAGAGCCUCUUCCCGGGCCAGUUCGGCCCGCGCCAGCCCAGUGGACAACUGCAGCUCUGUUGCCAGUUUUUUGAGGAGCGCGGCCAGUAGCAGUGGCCUCCCCCGAGACCUGGACGAUGUUACUAUUCCUGACUUUUCCGAUGUGGAGGACAGAGAUUAUCUUGAGAAGGGAUCUCGAGCAGCUUCUGCCAUAACAGCAGCAACCCUCACCUCCUUGGGCGGGACUUCCUCACGGAGAGGAAGCGGCGAGACUGCUAUAAAUGUCGACGCAGAGACCUCUAUACGAGAAAUCAAGGAGAUUCACGAACUGAAGGAUCAGAUUCAAGAUGUGGAAACCAAGUACACACAGAACCUAAAAGAAGUCAAGGAUGCAUUAGCAGAAGUGGAGGAGAAGUAUCGUAAGGCCAUGGUGUCCAACGCCCAGCUGGAUAACGAGAAGAACAACCUGAUGUACCAGGUGGACACACUGAAGGACUCGCUCAUGGAGCUGGAGGAACUGCUGUCUGAGUCACGCCGUGGAUAUGAGGAGAAAGUCAAGGAAUUCGAGCGAGAGAAACAUGCCCACAGUGUGCUUCAGUUCCAGUUCAAUGAAAUGAAAGAGACGCUAAAACAAAGUGAAGAGCUGCUAAAUGAGAUCCGUCAGCUGCGUUUGAAACAGGAGGGUUUUAUUAGAGAAAUAUCUGACCUGCAGGAGACGGUGGAGUGGAAGGAUAAAAAAAUUGGGGCCUUAGAGCGACAGAAAGAAUACACAGAUGCAAUCCGAAUUGAGCGAGAUGAGCUCAGAGAAGAAGUGGUGAAUCUGAAAGACAUUCUGAAGAAACAUGGAAUAGUAUUGGGACCUGAUCUGAACAUCAAUGGAGAUGGUGGUGAGGCAGAAGUUGAAGGAUCCCCCAGUGCGGACCCUGCUUCCCAACCGACUCAGGGUUCCCAGACCUCUCCAACGGAGGGGAACAGCAUGCUCGGCAACACAGAGGACACUCAGUUGAGAAGUAGCGGAGAGGAAGAGGUGGAUCCAGAGCAGCAUCAAGAAAUGGUUGAGGAGGCCGAAGAGAAUCAUUUGAACUCUGAUUCACUCUGUAAUGUUGCUGAUGUCCCCGUACUGGAAACAUCUAGUGAAGAACAGCAAACAUGCUUAGCCACUGAAGAAGACAAUGUUGAAGAAAGUGGCCUCAGCAAGGACUUAAAUGUUGACAUUGAUGACCGUUCAAUCACAGAAGCCAAAGAUAUAAAUGUUUGCAGCCCUGGGCUUCAAGGGAUUGUAACAAGUUCUGAGGAAAAUGUUCCAGAAACAGAAACACCUGAGGGGGGAGAUGUUGUAGACAUAAGUAACCCAGAUUUAGGGGAGACACAAACCACAGGCAGUAGUGUUGAGACACACAGUGUUGACAGAGAGUCAUGUAACGACUUUUUAGAAGAGCAAGACAACAAAGGGAAAGAUGUUGAGAGAAACAGUUUGAGCAAUACGGAGUCAUGUCCUCAGCAAAAAGUUGCACAAGAUGUUAUGAAAGAGAGUUUACCUGACGGGUCUGUCCGAGCUGCAUCAAACACCGAACCCCAACAAGAGCCCGAGAACGCCAGAGACGCAGAGAACGACGAGGCAGCGGAAAUAUCAAAUAAAUCUCAGCCUCAGGGCGCUUCUGCUUCAGGGAAAAAGAAGAAAAAGAAGAGGAGAAGCAAAAAGAAAGGAGGAACUCAUGAAGAUAAGGAACAACAAAAAGAUGGAACAGCUACAAAAAAGGGCAAAAUAGAAGAAGACAUUGAAUCGGCUGCACGAGAUAAUGAGACAGAACCGGCAGAACCUGAUGUUGAAAACCUCAAAGAAUUGAGGGUGGUUCCAGUUAAAAAUGAGCAGGCAACACAAGAAACACAGGAGGUAGACAGAAUAGAAGCAGUGCACCCCACUGAAAACUGUUCUCACAAUGAACCUCUCAAAGAAUCGAGGGUGGAUCAUGUUUCAGGUGAGCAAGACAAGGAACAAAGUUCGGAAACGGAGAAUAUAGAAGAAGUAGAAGCUGUGGCAACUACUGAAACCUUUUCUCACACUGAAACUCCCAACGAAAUAGUACUGGAUCAUGUUCUGGAUGAACAGAACAAGGAAACAGGAACAGUAGAAGCAGCGCAGACAGUAGCACCCGCUGAAAACUUUUCUUGUGGUGAAACUCUCAAGGAAACCUGCACAGAUCCCAAAACGGAUGAGCAAGACAAGGAACAAACUUUGGAAAGCAAGAUGGUAGAAGCAGUGGGAUCUCCAGCAAGUCCUGUACCAGAGACCAACCUCAGUACAUCUGAUCCUAUUGACAACUCCAAAGGUGCCGAGAGCUCUCAUGGUCUUGAUAAAAUGUGUACUUCCAGUGUAGAUAACUCGAAAAGUGAAGCAGACAUCUCAACUAAUGUCAUCCAUACUGAUUCAGAAAUUGUUGAUAGUGUGGAGGGUGAAAGUGGGUCUGCUGAUGGGAGGAAAUCCGAAUGCACAACUAGUAAACCCAAAAACACAUUUGAAAGAAAUGGGAAGGAAAACACUGAAGCUCAAUCUCAAGUUCCAAGCCAUGGUCCCAGUGCUGCUGAUGAAUCUAAAUCCACAAACAAUUCUGAGACCAACAAUAACACAUCAGUCUCCCUGUGUUCUACUGAUGGCUUCACAGAUGGUCUCAAGAGCUUGUCUGGCUCAGAGCCGCCUUCGGAGCUGUCCGCAACCGUGGAGUUGGGCAGCGAGGUUCCUGAUAGAGGUCCCGAGGAGGAAACUGUGACAGUCAAAGAUGAUGAGGAGCCAGGAGCAGAGACAGAACAAGAAUCCUUUUCUGCCAGUGCCAGUCAUGACGGGGAUAAUUCAGGGCUAAAAGCAGAAAAAGAGGAGCUGAGUGGAGACUUGAGGGAGGCCGAAGGUUUAGCCGAGCCAGACAGCCUCUCGCUUGACGAAAAAAGAGACAGUUGUGCAUCUUUAACGAAAAACACUGACGCAAUUGACGGCGAAAAGAGUCUGCUGGAGACCGCAGUGACGGCAGAACAACUGGAUGAUGUAAAAAGCCAGACAUUACAGUGUGAGGAUCCGAUUGAUGAAUCCAAUGCAGCCGUGUCCUCUGAAACAGAAGAGAUCGAUACCAUUAACACGUUAAAUACACCAGACUCUCCAAAAGAAGCCACUGAAAUUGGGUCCUCUAUCAAACAGGACCACAGUACUGAAGAAUCAGCUGUAGCAGAAGAUCCAGAACAUAACAACAGUCAAAAGGAUCAGCAAAGUGAGACACCUGUUUGUCCUUCGGCAGAGCAACUGCAUGAACCCAGCAAAGACGAGUCUGGGGAAAAUGAUGCAUCUCAACCCACCCUGGAGGACAGUGAUGAAGGGGGCGGUGAAGAUGAGGAAGGGCAGUCUUUUGAUUUUGAUGACAUGGAUAUGGAGGCGGCUAUAGUGACACAUCUUUCUAAAAAUCCAAAAAAGGAAGAAGUCGAGGAGGGAGUUGAAGUCAUGUUAGACGACAGCAGCAAUGGUAGUUCAGAGUUGUGCCAAAGAAAUACUGAGUCGAAUGAGAGUACACCAGACGAGCCAGAAAGCAAUGCUGAGAAGUGUACGGUCGAUGGGGGUCACCAGAUAGAUACACUAGAUAAAGCGUCAGAUACUGUGCCUCAAGACAACCAACACUCUUCGGCUCACGAGGAGGCCCCGUCUGAAAAUGCUUGUGAAAAGCCGAACAGCGUGCCUGAGGAAGACGUAGGUGUAGCAGAGGAGCCCGGGCACAUCAUAGAGGAAGGACAUGUUUUGAAUGUUGGGGAGGUGGCUGUUGAUGCAGAGAACAUUAACCAGGCUGUGUCUUCGCCCAUAGAGGAAGGAUUAGACGCCAUGAAGCACGAGUUGCAGGGCGAAGAUUUGGUUUUGCCAAAGAGUGCAGACCAAGUGGCCAGCAAUAAAGAGCCAACGCAGACAGGGAAAGAUGCGAAGAAGAACAGCAAGAAAGGCAAAGGCAAGGCCAAAGAGGACUGUAAGAUGUCUUAUUCCAGGAACUCAUACAUACAUUCCCCCUCACACUCCGCUCCAUCACUAUCCCAUGGAUGCCUGCUCUGUUGCAUGCAUCAACCUCCCACCCUGACCCAGCCCCCCCCUCUCACCAUGUCCUUGGCUCCUCCCACCCCUGAGAUCCGCCUGAGGAAACUGGUGGAUGAGCGUGAAAAAAUGAUCGAGCAGGUAAAGAAGCUAAAGGCCCAGCUGGAACAGAAGGCACAGAAGAACGGCACAGAGAACACAAGUCCAGAUGGUGAAAUUCUUGAAAACGGCACUGAUCCAAACAUAAUAGAACUGCAGAGAGAUUCAAGCAGGCAAAUAAGCGACAUGAAGUUCAAACUUGUGAAGGCAGAGCAGGAAGUCACGGCUUUGGAACAAAAUGUGGCCAGACUUGAGGGUCAGGUGACACGCUACAAGACUUGUGCAGAGAACGCGGAGAAAGUGGAGGACGAGCUGAAGGCAGAGAAACGGAAACUGCAGAGAGAGCUGCGGUCAGCGCUGGACAAGGUCGACGAACUCGAGUCGAACAACAGCCACCUGUCUAAACGACUGGACAAGAUGAAGACUAGUCGUGGCAUGGCGCAGACUCCAUAGAAAUGUCCCCACACAUCAUCUCCACCUCCUCUCUAUCCAAAACUGGCUGGUAAUGAAGUGGAAAAGGGUCAUCCUGCAAUAUGGGGUUCUCUUGCAGCUGCCUCAUAGUAACCAUAAGAAAAAGAACAAAAAAAAGAAAUCAAGACUCUUAGUUAACAUAUCCACAGAAUAGAGAACACCAACAAGCAAUGUGCCAUUACUUUGUCUAUUUUCUGUCCGAUGAGAAUUCUUCGUAGCAUUGUACACACACCCUGAAAAAGUACAUGCGGUGCGGGAGCAGAUGUUCGGGUACGAACAUCUGCACGGCUCUGCUAGAAGGGUGAAUGGGCCACAUGGAGAGUCCCGGGACUGAACGGCACCAAGACGACUUCUCUGUUGUCCAGCGUAGCGAGAGACAAAAUGCUGCACUGCCCUCUUUGCGCCGCCUCUCAUCAAGAUUCAAGGUAUUUACUUGCUCUUGCGCAUGGAGGACGGAGAAAAGACAAACAGUUUCCCAGGCCCAAGACUGUUGACCUUCGUUGCCGAGAAGACAUGAGUGCUGUAUGUGUGAAUGAAAGAGCAAAAUGAAUGAGUAUUUUCCUCCUCAGACCUUUUCCUGAUUUGCAUCCAAAGCCAAACUAUUUUUAAAGAUGUAAGUUCUUGGGUGUGUUUGUCACUUGUGGUUAAACUGAACGAUACCUGUUUGCAGACAAAAGGAUAGCUCACUUUUUACAGAGCACCCCCGACACCAUAUAAUCACCACAGUCAGUAAGUCACCAGCUUUAAAUUGUAGUUCCUUUCUGUAGCCAGCGGCUUGAUGCGGGUUAUUGAACGUGGAACAGUUUGACCCACAGCGUGUAACUGCCCUUCUGCUAAGCAUAUCUCCGAGCUUCUUCCUGCUCCAUGUAGUCAGUCACUGGUUGGCUCUUGUGCACACAUUUCACUGUUGAGACUUACUGAAGAGAUGUGACAACGGGGACUCACAGCAGUGUUAGCAGGAGAUACUGAACGCACUGGGGAGAUGCUGCUUCACUGUUUACAAAGCUUUCAGAUGUUUGUAAGGAGACAUAAAGAAAUGUAAUCUUUGUGCAAUAAAAGUUCAAAUCAUA